AUUGAAGAAACGUUGCUAAGAUUCCUGUUAAAAUAAAACUUCGAUUUUUUGCAGCCUUGUGUGCAUGCUAUCGUAUAGGAAUUAUUUGCAGUGGUGGCGCAAUAGCGAAGUGUCGUCGGAACGCAGUAGCUGCCGUUCAGCCAGUCGCUUAGUGUUGUUGGUGAAUCGAGAGUGGCAUUUUUCGCUCCGCGAAGCACAGGAUAUUGAUCUGUAUACUGUCUCGUGCAAUUUUUAAUCCAGGAUCAACCGUGGUGCUUCUUGUACCUCGUAAAACGAGUCAGUUUCGGGGUACAAGUAACAGAACUCGGUAAACAGAGUGAGUGACGCUAGAUCAUGGAUGUUACACUUCUACUAUUAGCCCUGGGUGUAAUUGCUGCGAUGUUUGGUGUGGUGGCAACGAGAUUCGGUUUCCCUGGGUUCAACAAAAUCGCCCAAAUCGCGCUUGCUUUGGCAUUGCUUCCUGUCAUCUGCAGAUUUCAUCGGAAGCUAUAUGUCAUGAUCAAGAUUCUACCUCGUGAUAUAAGAUUUCUUUAUCGUGCUAUUACAGCAGAAAAAGAAAUAAAAAAACAUGAUCGAAAUAAUCUAACUGUCCCGGCUAUAUUUAUGAAAAGAAUGGAACGUAAUCCUCAAAAACCUUGUUUUUUCUUCGAGGAUCAAGUUUGGACUUUUUCUGAUGUUAAUAAAUAUAGCAAUCAAAUAGCAAAUGUAUUCCAAAAAGCGGGAUACGUAAAAGGAGAUGCAGUGGCUUUAAUGAUGUCAAAUAGGCCAGAGCAUGUUGCGAUAUGGCUUGGUCUGGGAAAACUCGGUGUUAUCACUGCACUGAUUAAUACAAAUUUACGUCUUCAAUCUUUAAUUCAUUGUCUUCGUAUCGCCAAAGUGAAGAGUAUUAUUUAUAUGGAAGAAUACUCGUCUGCUCUCGAUGAAAUUAAGGAUUCGAUUCAGGGAAUUACAAAAUACAAAAUCUGUAACAAAUCUAAAUGCGAGGAUGGCGAAUACGAUUUGAAUGAACUUAUAUCGGAAACUGGUACAAGUGAACCGAUAGUAAAGGAUCCACCAACUUAUCGAGAUAAAUUGGUGUAUAUCUACACAAGUGGUACCACCGGUUUACCAAAAGUAGCAAUAAUUCUCAAUUCAAGAUACUUGCUGACUAUAAUGCCUUUUAAAUUAUUGGGCAUGAGACAAGAUGAUAUCUUAUACAAUCCAAAUCCAUUGUAUCAUACAGCUGGUGGAAUGAUUGGGGCAGGUUUCGCGAUUGUUAAAGGUGUACCGAACGUGUUAAGGACUAAGUUUUCAGUGUCGGCUUAUUGGACAGAUUGCAUCAAAUAUAACUGUACCGCAGCACAAUACAUCGGUGAAAUGUGUCGUUACUUGCUGAGUGCACCACCUAAACCGGAAGAUACUGCACAUCGAUUGAGACUUAUGUUUGGAAAUGGUAUGAGGCCACAAAUUUGGAACGAAUUCGUCAAACGUUUUAACAUUAAACGAGUUUCUGAAUUUUAUGGAUCCAGUGAAGGAAAUGCUAAUAUUUCUAAUUUUGACGGUCGGAUUGGCGCCGUUGGUUUUGUACCAUUAAUUGUGCCACGAAGAUUUCAUCCUUUAGCAAUUAUCCGAGUAAAUAAUCAGACAUAUGAGCCUGUGAGAGAUUCAAAUGGCUUAUGUAUAAGAGCAGGAACAAAUGAGCCAGGAAUGUUUAUAGGAUUGAUAAAAGAAGGAAAUGCGUUAAGAGAAUUUAAUGGAUAUUUAGAUAAGGAAGAAUCGAAAAAAAAAAUAAUACAAGAUGUGUUUGUUAAAGGUGAUAAAGCUUUUCUAACAGGUGAUAUUUUAGUAGAAGAUGAAUUUGGUUAUCUUUAUUUUAAAGACAGAGUAGGUGACACAUAUAGAUGGAAGGGAGAAAAUGUUGCUACCGCUGAAGUGGAAGGAGUUAUCAGUAGUAUUGCAGGAAAAAGAGCCUCUACCGUUUACGGAGUUCAGGUACCUGGAAUGGAAGGAAGGGCAGGAAUGGCAGCGAUAGUUGAUCCGGACAGUCUUUUGGAUUUCAAAGCUCUCGCAGAAGGUUUAGAGAAAGCACUGCCGGCAUAUGCAAGACCAAUUUUCCUGCGAAUUGUGAAAGAACUUGAAAUGACUGGAACAUUUAAAUUGCAGAAAAUGAAUCUUCAAAAGGAUGGUUUCGAUCCGAACAAAGUUCAAGACAAAAUGUAUUUUCUAGCCGGUAACAAGGAAUACGUCGAAAUAACACCAGAACUUUAUCAAGAAAUUAUUUCCGGAAGAAGAAAGUUUUAGUCAUUAGAUACUUAUUUGUUCGAUAUACUUGUAAAAGUUAAAGGACAAGUAUAUAUAACUUUUUUUUAUAACAUGAACAUAAUUUCUGCACGCGCCUUGUAGAUACAAUGCAUAGGAUUUUAUGUAAUAAUCAAAUAUAUAAAAUCAUAGAAUUAUA